AUUUGCCAGUUGGCAUUCUCCAGCCAUUGUGUGCAGUACGCAGCCGCUUCUAACCCUACCCUAAAAACAAAAAAAAAACAACACAAAAAAAAAAAGAAUAAUAACAAUCAAAAUUUUUGACUACAACAAAAAUAUAAACGAAGAAUUCGGAAGGCGGUUAGCGGAUGAGAUCGUAUUACUGCACAGAGGAAGACGCUCGCGCACAAUUGACCUGCUUUUUCUCUAGCAAAGAUUCUGAUUUAAUUCAAUUUUUUUUUUUUUGCGCAUUAAAACUAAGAAUGAACAGAUAUAUUACGUAACGUGUAGAGGAUAAAGACGUGACUGAGUGAGUGAAUGAGUGAGUGAGUGUGUGAGCAAAGUGAUUUCUUAAACGGCAAACGAAGAGUAUGAAACGAAAUACAAUGCCAACGUCACGCAAAAGAUCAUGCACAAACACUGCAUUCCACGAUUAUGCAGAGAGAUGCCCAAAUUACUAUCCCUCCGCUAUGAUAUAUCUGGCUAUGGCAAUACUCUUACAGCUCUCCUCUUGUCUGGGGAUAGCUCAUCAUCAUCGCGAUCAUCGCAGACAGACGCAACUGGAGGCCAAAGUUGGAUCGCAUGUUGUCUUCAAUUGCUAUAUAGAUUUUCCAUUCGAUUCCCCUAUCCCAUAUAUUGUGCACUGGAGCAAGGAUAACAAAAAAAUCUUCACUUGGUACGAGAAUGAGACGUCAACGAACGAACUUUUCACUGGACGCUUACACUUGGUCAAUGAUCAUCCGGAAUUUGGCAGCGCUUCGGCCAAUUUGACAGCCAUACGUGAAUCGGAUCAGGGUUGGUAUCACUGCCAGGUUAUAUUCCCUAAUCGCACGCCAAGUGUGCGUAACAAUGGCACACGUUAUCAUCUGGCCGUACAGGGUGGUUCGCUAAUACGUAUACCACCUGUGAAUCAAACCAUUCAGGAGGGGCAAACCGCAUUCUUUCAUUGUGUGAUGAAGUAUCCAGACUCCUCGCAGGCAUCCUGGUACAAGGAUGGAGUGUUGCUGCAAGAAGUCCAGGAUUUGGUGAGACGUUCGUAUAUGGGACCCGACGGUAGUCUUAGCAUUGAUCCCACCAUGAUGAGCGAUCUGGGUGAAUAUGAGUGCAAGGUGCGGAACCAAGAGGGUGAACUGCAAACGGCAAAAGCCUUUCUAAAUAUACAAUAUAAGGCCAAAGUGAUAUAUGCACCGCCCGAAGUUUAUCUACCUUAUGGUCAGCCAGCUGUCCUCGAUUGCCAUUUUCGGGCGAAUCCGCCUUUAAAGAAUCUACGAUGGGAGAAGGAUGGCCUACUAUUCGACUCGUACAAUGUGCCCGGCGUGUUCUACAAGAUGAACGGCAGUUUGUUCUUUGCCAAGGUAGAUGAGAAUCAUGCGGGCAGCUACACGUGCACACCAUACAAUGACCUCGGCACGGACGGUCCCUCGCCCAUUAUUAGUGUAAUUGUGCUGCGUCCGCCCAUUUUUAGCGUCACUCCGAAGACGAUUUACAUACAAAAGUUGGGUGAGGCGGCCGAAUUGCCGUGCGAAGCCAUCGACCGGGACGGAAACAAUCGGCCAUCCAUUGUAUGGAGUCGGAAAGAUGGCCAACCCUUGCCAGCGGACCGACACAGCAUCAGUGGCGGCAAUCUGACCAUCACGAAUCUAAUUGAAACGGACCGCGGCAUGUACGAAUGCUCAGCAACCAAUGAAGCGGCAACCAUAACGGCAGAGGCCGAAUUAAUGAUUGAGAAUAUUACACCACGCCCGCCAUUCAAUCUGACAGGGAACAGCACGGAAACCUGUAUAACCAUACGCUGGCAGCCAGGCUACCUUCGACCCAAUUUGGAGUACACGGUAUGGUAUCGUCUCACGGAAGCUCCUGAAUGGCGGACAUUGCGUGUACUCGAUAAGACCGUUAUGGAGGCCACUGUCCAGCAUUUGGUGCCCGGCAAGGAGUACGAGUUUAUGGUGUUGAGCCAGGACAAAUAUGGCGAUGGCAUGUUUAGUAAACAGUUUCGAUUUCAAACACAACCUGCCCCCCAACAUGCAGAGGGCUUUGGUGCCCAACAAUUGCAGCAUCAGGCAAGUUCAAGUGUCGGGACCGUGGGUGCCCCAUGGAAUCUGAGUGCCAUAAAUAACCAACAGGGCUGGCUGCUCAACUGGGAGCAUCCCAUCCAGGGAUUAGAGGCCUUGCGUCUGUACAUAGUGCGCUGGUGGAAGGUGCCAGAGCAUUUUCUAAUCGGCCAGGCUGAGACUUUCGACAAUUUCUAUCAAUUGCGGCAUUUGAAAGAGGAUGCCACCUUCAAGGUUCAAGUGCUGGCUGUGGGUUCCGAUGCCCAGGAAGUGCCCGGUGACGUGCUGCUCAUCGAUGUGCCAUCUCAGCGAAAAACGCGAGCGCUAAUCAUUGGAAGCUCUGUCGGGAUACUAUUUCUACUUUGCGCUCUGUGCGCUUUUUUAUACGUGAAACGUAGCUGCCUGCGGCAUUUGUUUGCUGGCCGUCGGGACAGCCAAGUGGACGACGAUACCACGGAGACCGGAGGCGAUUGUGAUUGUGACAGUGAUGAGCAGGAGCAUUCUGCGAAAAUACGACAAUCACCCUGAGUGCUAAUGCAGAUUAAAUGGCGUUUCGAUGCGGCCAACGGCGAGGAUUGGGCCAGAGUUUCCAGUGUUCCAUAGGAAGUUUAUGUUUUUCAAAUAAUACUGACCUUAUUUUAAUUUAAUUCUAGCUGCUAUCAGUCUUCCUAUCUCUACUUCUUACUGUCUUUAUCUGUAAAUUUCUAUUAAUAGUCUAACCAACAAAAAGAAAAACCAAAAAAAUCGAAUAAAAUA